AUGGAAUGUUUUGGCAAGAUUCAUAUUGUUGUUUGCAAUGCUUCCUCCUCGAAAGUAUCUCCGUUGUUGUUGUUGUUGUUGUUGAUGGUGAUUGUGGUGAUGGUGAAUUUUCCCAUAAGAAAUCCGAGGUACAAGCUUAUGCAUUGUACGAAUAAAAUCGCUUUUGUUUUCCUGUUCCCUAUUUUAGCCAUGCCUGAAGACGAUACACACGUUUCGUAUCAUCGUUUUGACUCCUACGAAUUCUCGGCCAAACGACGACGACGGAUGCAUCGGCUUGGUUUCGUCAACUUCGUUCUUGCCAUAGUUCUUGUUGUUUUCGGAAUUAUGCUGAUCGGCGCGCUGGUCUCUCGCGCCUGGUAUCACAAUCGGUUUUGGCCCUACGAUAACAAUCCGUGCACUGAUCUGCACACCAACUGCCCGUUACUGCUUAUCAGUAUGGACGGAUUUCCCCGUUACGGCCCGAAUGCAUUGCCCAAUUUCAAUCGACUGGAGCGGCACGGGGUGCGUGCCAUGCAAUCAGUCGGUGCCUAUCCGACGAUGACGAUGCCGAAUCAGCAUACCCUGGUCACCGGUUUGUAUCCGGAAUCGCAUGGAAUCGUGGCCAACAAUAUACGUGAUACCAAAUGGCCAAACGUGAUAUUCGAAAUGUACAAUCAAACCAGUUUGAACGAAGCCCCUUGGCUGGAGGGCUGGCCGGAACCGAUAUGGGUCACUCUGCAACGCACGGGUCGUCGUGUUGGUUCACUCCUUUGGCCGUUCACCGACGGCACGGUUCACGGGGAUUUGCCGUUUGUUCAAGUCUCCCAAUUCACUCUAUUGGAUGACACACCCACACCAUAUCCGUACAAAAAACGUGUGACCGAUUUGUUGUGGUGGUUGGACAAUCCCUAUUACCAACUGGAUUUGAUAUUGGCCUACUUUGAGGAACCCGAUAAAUCGGGACAUAUUUACGGUCCGGAUAGUGAAGAAGUUGCCAAACUGGUGGUGGAACUCGAUCAGCGGGUCGGUCAGCUCCUGGACGGUUUAGAAAAGAAAGGUUUGGCCAAUAAGGUGGAUAUUAUUGUCACUGCCGACCAUGGUAUGACUCGGAUUACUAAUGUGAUCUGCCUGGACGAUUAUGUGGAUCCGGAACUGUACACACAUACACAACUGUCGACUCUGGGCUUCCUCUAUCCCAACUAUUGCAUACCACCGUCCCACCAUCUGGGAUUUGAACUCCGGACUCAUCGCAUGGAGGGCAUGUGGGUUACCACUGUGCCAACCAGAUCAUGCCAUGGCUGA